AUGCCACUGGCGCAGUCCUUUGGAAGUUUAAACGGUGCAGCUCAACUAAAAACAUCAAUUAAUGGAUAUGAUUCACUACCACUGAAUUUUUUGAAAGAACCAUCACAUAAAAAUCGUUCACCAUUCAAAUUUAGAGAUAAAGUUAUAAAAAAGGGAAAGAAACAAACCACCUUAUUGAAUUCCUCGAACACUUUUGAAAAUAUAACAGAAACACCAAAACCACUAAUAGUUUAUUCAGCAAAUACUUCGGGGUAUGAUAAUUUAGAAGAAAGGUCAAAUGAAAUAGUUAAAACUGAAUUAUCUUAUGUUAAUGAUUGUAAAGAAUUAUUUCGAUUUUAUUAUUCAAAUUUUGAAUUACCACAUCAUGAAUUACCAACACCGUUUAUAAUUGCUAAAGAAUGUCUAGAAAAAAUAAUUGAGUCUCAUGAUAAAUUAACUCAAGUUUUUGAUGGUAUUAAAAAUGAUCGAUCUGGAAGUAUUGCAGAACAAACUGAAAACAUUUUAGAAGCAAUUUCAAAAGAAGGUUUAGAAAUAUUUUAUUACCUAUAUUAUUGUUCAAAUUCAAUUGCAGUAAAUAAAAUUUCAAAUAUUUUUAAUUCAAAUGAUGAAGUUGAUGAUUGUACUUUUUCGAAUAGUUUUGAAUUGAGUAAAAAAGUUAAAAUUGCAGUUGAUCAAUAUCAAAAAGGAAUUGAACAACAUUUAAGUAGUAUAAAUCAAGGAGAACUAAAAAGAAAUUUGUCAUUUCAGGCAUUACAUCAUAAUGGAAUGUCAAGAAUCUUUCACUACUUGGUUUUUGCAAGAGCAGUAAUUGAUGACUUUGAAUCAAUAGAUAGAGACACAACAAAAAUUUUAGAAAUUCAUAAUGAAAUAGAUUCCAAAAUUAAUAAAAUUAAUAAUCAAAAUAAUACAAAUUCAAUAAAUGAAAAAUUAAAUUUAAUAGUAGAUUUUAAAAGAUAUUUAACAAAACAAAAUCAAUAUUUCAAAUUUGAAAAAUUAUGUUUUAAAUUUAAUGACUUAAGUUCUGAAUUUUUUGGAGUUCCAAUUUAUAUUGGUGUUGGAUUUGUUGUUUAUAUUAAAGGCAAUAAACCAAUUUUAAAACAUUAUGCAAUAUUAUUAUUUAAGGGGCAUUUAAUUUUGUUGAAAUAUGUUGAAAAAUUGAAAAGAAAUAAAACCUUGAAAAGAUAUGUUCCUCAAUUUAUUAUUCCAUUAGUUAAAUGUUCAAUAAUCACUGAUGAUACUGAUCAAGAUGGUAUACAAGUUAACUUGGUGGGUAAUAUAAAAUUAAGAUUCUUGAUUCAAUCAACUCAAUUUGAAAUUGUUUUAUUAUUUUUAACUCAAGAAGAAUCGAAUAUCUGGUUUGAAAAACUAGACUUAUUAAUUAAUCAUAUACAUAAUGGUUCAUGCUCUGAAUCAAAAGAUCAUUUCAUUUACCUAAAUCAAGUUCCAAAAUCAAUUAAAGCUUACUAUUUGUUAGAAUCACCAUCAGAUUAUAUGGUUUUUCAAAAUGUUUGUUAUUAUAAAAACCAAUUUACAGUAAAUUUCAAUUAUUCUGGUUUAAUGAAAAAAGGUAAUUAUAAAUUUCAAACUGACACCGAGAUGAAUUGUCAAUACUCGGUACAAUUAUGGAGUAGUCAAAUAUGGGCACAUAAACACAUAUUUGCUGAUAUGCAUAAUAUGAAUAAUAAUUUACAAAAUAUAGAUGAACAAAUUGAAUAUGAAGAAAAUUCUAUAUUAAAGUAUGGGACAAUUGAUGCUUCAACUUUAAACUGA